AUGCAGGAUGAGCGGGCAAUUCUAACCUGCCUUGAGCAGACAAUGGUAUCAGACGCUAAAGUGAUCAAGAUGGCAGAGCAACAAUUGUUCCAGUACCAAAAGCAGCAAGGUUUUGCAACUUUUUUAUUGCAAAUUGUAGCAAAUCCAGAGGUUCCACUAAACAUUAGAUUAUCCUCUGCCAUCUAUUUAAAAAACAAAAUUCAAAGAUCAUGGAGUGCCGUGAAUCGUGAAGAUGGGAUCAAGCCAGCGGAACAGCAGGUGAUCAAGGACAAUUUGGUGCAGACGUUGGUCAGUAAUUCCAGUAACAACCAUAUCAGACCUCAUUUAACAGAAUCCGUCAGAGGAAUUUUGAACAGUAAUGAUAACUGGGACUUGACCAACUUGAUGAACGAGCUUUUAUCAAGUGGUAAGCAAGAAUAUAUUUAUACUGGUCUCCUUUUACUUUUUGAAGUUUGUAUAGCUCAUAGAUGGGAUAUGGCAGAGGAUAGACAAGUGAUAGAUGGUGUAAUUUUUACUGUUUUCCCCACUGUGGAAACCAUUGCAUCAGAAUUGGUUAACAAAGAAGAUUACAAGUCAAAUGAAUUGUUGUAUUUGAUUUUAAAGAGUUUCAAAUACAGUUGUCUGAACAAUUUUCCCCAAUAUUUCAAGAACAUAGAGAAAUUAAAUGCAUGGAUACAAUUGCAUCUUUUUGUCUGUGCUAAACCAUUACCAAAGGAAGUUUUAGAGCUAGACCCAGCUGAUAGAUCCCUCGAUAAAAGAGUAAAAGUUAACAAAUGGGGAUUUGGUAACUUGAAUAGAUUUAUCCACAAGUACAGUCGAGUCACUAAGAGCGUUACUGAGGAAUUUGUUGCAUACGUGUUUAGUAACAUAUUGCCACUUGUUUUGCAAGAAUAUUUCAAAAUUAUUCAAACCUGGCGUGACGGAUCCCUCUGGCUCGGCGGUGCUUCUUUGCAUUACUUGAUUCAAUUUUUGGAAAAAUGUACUGUCCUUGAUGAAGUUUAUCCUUUAAUCGAACUCAAUUUGGUAACCAUUAUUGAAAAUGUAAUCUUCCCCUGUCUAUGUGCAAGUCCAGAAAGUGUAGAAUUGUUGGAGGAGGAUCAAGAGGAAUAUACAAGACGUUAUUUCGAUAUGAAUAAGGAAGGUACUACAGCAGAUGUCGCAUCAUCAGAUUUUGUGUUUGUUGUGGGCCAUAAACGUCCUGAAAAAAUGCAAUCAAUUCUGCCAUUUGUCAAUAGCGUUUUCUUAAGCUUCCAAGAGAAUGCCCAGGACGUUACAUGUGCUUACAAGCAAGAAGGUGCCAUGAGAAUGAUUUCCACCCUAUUCACCUUUUUGGAGGAUCACACCGACUUGGAAACUAUUUUUUCCAAUUACAUCACAGUUUUCCUUUCACAACCCCAGUACCCAUUUUUAAUUGCAAGAGCUCUUGAAACUAUUUCAAUUUAUGGCAACGAUUUUAAGGAUGUGAAUACUUUGUCCAAAUUGUUUGAAUUAACCUACACACAUUUCAUGAGUUCCGAUGUUCUGCCGGUGCAAAUCGAAGCUGCUGAUGCUCUAAAGACAUUGGUGGUUUCAAACCCCAACAUCCAUCCCCACAUAUCCGCACAAGUUCCUGGCAUCAUGGAAAAACUACUAAGACUUUCAAAGGAAUUCCAAAUUGACAUUUUAUCGGAAGUCAUGGAAGCAUUUGUGGAAAGAUUUGCCGAUGAGUUAACCAUCUUUGCCGAGGAUUUGGCACGUAACUUGGUAGAACAAUUUUUAGAUCUUGGUCGCUCGCUGCUGGACAGUUCCUCCGGUGCUUAUUCUACGGGUGAUCAAGACCAAGAAAUUCAAGCUAGUGCUCUUUUGCAAACUAUGACAACAAUGGUAAUGUCAAUGAACAAAGUUUCCCUAGUGGACCAAUUUUUGCCAGUGGUCAAAUUUGUCAUUAUAAAUGCCCAAAUUUCCUUCCUUACCGAAAUUGUUGAUCUCAUGGAUUCCUUAGCAUUAUCUUCCAAAACCCUUUACAACCAGUUUACUCCUGCCGUCUGGGAAAUGUUCCAUGAUGUCCUAGAUUCUUUCCAAACUUAUGCUCUCGAUUAUUUCGAAGGUUACUUAGUUUUCUUUGAAACUGUAGUGACUCACGGGUUCCCACAAGACCAGACUUAUUUGCCUGCGUUCUUAGAGAUCCUAUCUUUGAAAUUGGAGAGUGAUGUAGAUUAUGAUGUGGAAAGCGUUGUGGAAAUCCUUGUAUUCUAUGCACUUUCAUUAAGAGAUAUCCCACUUUUCUCCAAGGCAUUAAAAGUAUCAUCAAAUGCAGAGUUGGAAUUGGAUCCUGCCAGUGUGGUUAAGCUGUUUUUAGCCAACCUUUUCGUCAAACCAGUUGAAACUUUACAAGUUUGUGAGAGUGAAGGUGCAACUUUAACCAUACUAACACAAUGGUUCGCCUGUAAAUUUCACAGUGUCUUCUCCAUCAAAUUACAAAUUUUGGCAAUCAUCUCCUUGUUUAAACUACCUGAUUUACCAGGUAGUGUGAAAGGAUUUGUCCCACAAUUCGCAGACAAGUUAGUGGCUUUAACGGAAUCCUUACCAAGUGCCAUUCGUAAAAGAGAUGCUAUGUCAAAGGGCGAAGAAGGUUUAGAAGAAAUGUUUGCAUCUGAAGAUGGUGGAGAAGACAUGUAUUUCGAAGAAUUUGAAGAAGACCUGAAGGAAACAGUCUUGGACCAAGCAAACGCAUUCCAGGAAGUGCAUUCUUUCUUUUCACAACUGGAUCCAACCCGAUCACAACAAAUUGUUAGCACUUUGAGUGAGGAUAGAAAGCAUUCAUUAGAGGUCAUUCUAGAAUUCGUUUCCCAAGCUUGA